CCUGCCUGACCUGCAGCGUUUGUCCUCUUGAAAGGUCCUGCGGAGCAGUGGUGCUGGCACUGAGCCCCUUCUGAUGGGAGGAUGGUUGUGCUCAGGCAGUUCAGGCUGCUGCUCUGGAAGAACUACAUCCUGCAGAAGCGGCAGAUCCUGGUGACGGUGAUCGAGGUGUGCCUGCCGCUGCUCUUCGCCGCCAUCCUGAUCGCGCUGCGGCACCGCGUGCACUCCGUCAGCCACCCCAACGCCACCCUCUACCCCUCCGAGUCCCUGCACGACCUGCCCAGCUUCUUCUCCUCCCGCCAUGCCAGCAGCCCCUGGGAGCUGGCCUACGUCCCCUCCAACAGCAGCGCCGUCCGCGGCAUCGCCGAGGCGGUGGAGAGAGCUCUGCCCAUCAACAUCAGAGCCCAGGGCUUCCCCUCGGAGCGGGACUUCGAGGACUACGUCAGGCUGGACAACCGCUCGGGCAGCGUGCUGGCCGGCGUCGUCUUCCGGCACCGCUUCCCGCACAGCGCGGCCCCGCUGCCGCUGCAGGUGGAGUACGAGCUGCGCUUCAAGUACAGCCCGCGCAACGCCCCGCGCAGCGAGCAGACGGGGCUGAACCCCAACCUGGACCGGGACUGGCACACCAGCUACCUGUUCCCGCUCUUCCAGCUGCCCGGGCCCCGCGAGGCCAAGUUCGCCGAUGGGGGCACGCCAGGUUACCUGCGGGAGGGGUUCCUGGCGGUGCAGCACGCCGUGGACAGGGCCAUCAUGCAGUACCACGCCGCUGCCAGCUCUGCCAGCCUGCUGGACAACAUCACCGUGGUGGUGCAGCGCUUCCCCUUCCCCGCCUACGUCAACGACCUCUUCCUCCUGGCCAUCCAGAACCAGCUGCCCCUGCUGCUCAUGCUCAGCUUCACCUACACCUCGCUCAACAUCGUCCGCGCCGUCGUGCACGAGAAGGAGAAGAAGCUGAAGGAGUACAUGCACAUGAUGGGCCUCAGCAACUGGUUGCACUGGAGCGCCUGGUUCCUCAUGUUCUUCCUCUUCCUCCUGGUGUCCGUGUUCUUCGUCACCGUGCUCUUCUGUGUCAAGGUGAGCGAACAGGGAGCAGUGCUCACCAACAGUGACCCCACGCUGGUGUUCACCUUCCUUGCCAUCUUCUCCAUCUCCUCCAUCUCCUUCAACUUCAUGGUGAGCACUUUCUUCUCACGAGCAAACGUUGCAGCUGCUGCUGGUGGCUUCCUCUACUUCUUCUCCUACAUCCCAUACUUCUUCAUCUCGCCCCGCUACGACCUCAUGUCCCACAGCCAGAAGCUGGCAUCCUGCCUCAUCUCCAACGUGGCCAUGGCCAUGGGGGCACAGCUCAUCGGCAUGUUUGAGGGGAAAGGGACUGGCAUCCAGUGGAGGGACCUCAUGAAGCCCAUCAGCGUGGAUGACAACUUCACCUUGGCCCAGGUGCUGGGGAUGCUGCUGCUGGACUCGGUGCUCUAUGGCCUGGUGGCCUGGUACGUGGAGGCCGUGUUCCCCGGGGAGUACGGUGUGCCACAGCCCUGGUACUUCUUCCUCACGCCCUCGUACUGGUGUGGGCGGCCCAGGACUGUUGUGGGGAAAGAGAAGGAGGAGGAGGAGGACCCCGAGAAAGCCCUGAAGAGUCAGUACAUUGAGGAGGAACCAGCCGACCUGGUGUCAGGCAUCAAAAUAAAGCACCUGUCCAAGGUCUUCAAAGUGGGAAACAAGACAAAAGAGGCAGUGAAGGACCUGACAGUGAACAUGUAUGAAGGGCAGAUCACCGUCCUGUUGGGACACAACGGUGCUGGGAAGACCACCACUCUGUCCAUGCUCACAGGUCUGCACUCCCCGACGGGCGGGCAGGCCUACAUCAACGGCUACGAGAUCUCCCAGGACAUGGUGCUGAUCCGCCGCAGCCUGGGGCUGUGUCCCCAGCACGACGUCCUCUUCGACAGCAUGACCGUGGAAGAGCACCUCCACUUCUACGCAGGGCUGAAGGGAUACCCACCCUCCAAGUGUCCUGAGGAGAUCAACCACAUCCUGAGGAUCCUGAGCCUGGAGGACAAGCGCCGCUCCCUGACCAAGGCGCUGUCCGGGGGCAUGAAGCGCAAGCUGUCCAUCGGCAUCGCCCUCAUCGGGGACUCCAAGGUGGUGAUGCUGGAUGAGCCGACGUCAGGGAUGGACCCAGCCUCUCGCAGAGCCACGUGGGAUCUCCUGCAGCAGCAGAGGAGCAACAGAACCAUCCUGCUGACCACUCACUUCAUGGAUGAGGCCGACCUGCUGGGGGACCGCAUAGCCAUCAUGGCCAAGGGCGAGCUGCAGUGCUGCGGUUCCUCGCUCUUCCUCAAGCGCAAAUACGGGGCAGGAUAUCACAUGGUGAUGGUGAAGGAGCCCUACUGCAACCUGGGAGAGAUCUCCCGCCUCAUCUGCCAGUACGUGCCCAACGCCACCUUGGAGAGCAAUGCUGGGGCAGAGCUGUCUUUCAUCCUGCCCAAGGAGAGCACACACAGGUUUGAGGCCCUGUUCACGGAGCUGGAGCAGAGGCGGGAGGAGCUGGGCAUUGCCAGCUAUGGUGCCUCAGUCACCACCAUGGAGGAGGUAUUCCUCAGGGUUGGGAAGCUGGUGGACUCCAGCAUGGAUAUCCAGGCCAUCCAGCUGCCUGCUCUGCAGUACCAGCACGAGAGGCGCUCCAACGACUGGGCCAUGGACGACUCCAGCAGCCUGAGCGGCAUGACGGACAUGACGGACGACAGCGGCGCGCUCAUCACCGAGGACUGCUCCAGCAUCAAGCUCAACACCGGGUUCUACCUGUGCUGCCAGCAGUUCUACGCCAUGUUCAUGAAGCGCGCCAUGUACAGCUGGCGCAACUGGAAGAUGGUGGCGGCGCAGUUCCUCGUGCCUCUCAUCUUCACUGCCUUUGCCCUCGUCGUGGCCAAGACCUUCCCGGGCCCGCGGGACUCGUCCCUGCUGCGGCUGACGCUGGAUCCCUACGGCCAGACCGUCGUGCCUUUCUCGGUGUCGGGCGGCGCGGCGCUGCCCCAGAGGCUGGCGGACCAGUACGCGGAGCUGCUGGAUGCCCAGCGCGCGGACCAGUACGCGGAGCUGUUGGAUGCCCAGCGCCAGUCGCCGCUGGAGGUGCUGGGUGGGCUGGAGGAGUACCUCAUCUCCCGAGCCUCCGAGGAAGGAGGAGCCUUCAAUGAGCACUACAUUGCAGCCGCCUCCUUCGAGGACGUGGGGAACCGCACGCUGGUCACGGCGCUCUUCAACAACCAGGCCUACCACUCCCCGGCCACCGCCCUCAUGCUGGCUGACAACGCCAUCCUCAGGGUGCUGGCAGGCUCCAACGCCUCCAUCACCGUCACCAACUACCCCCAGCCCCGCAACAUCACCGAGAAAGCCAAGGACCAGCUCAUGGAAGGCCAGACUGGGUUUGCCAUUGCCAUCAACCUGCUGUAUGGCAUGGCCUCUCUGGCCAGCACCUUCGCGCUGCUGCUGGUCAGCGAACGCGCCAUCAAGGCCAAGCACGUCCAGUUCGUCAGCGGCGUUUACGUGGUCAACUUCUGGCUUUCUGCCCUGCUCUGGGACAUCAUCAACUUCCUCAUCCCUUGUGCUCUGAUGUUGGUGAUAUUCCAAGCCUUCAACGUGCAAGCCUUCACCCAAGACAGCCACCUCGUUGAUGUGAUGCUGAUCUUUCUCCUUUAUGGCUGGGCCAUCAUCCCCCUCAUGUACCUUCUCAGCUUCUUCUUCUCAGUGGCAGCCACAGCCUACACCCGUCUCACCAUCUUCAACAUCCUCUCCGGCACCGCCACCUUCCUCGCCGUCACCAUCAUGAGCAUCCCAGAGCUGGGAUUGGUGGACCUCUCCAAAACCCUGGAUAAAGUUUUUCUCGUCUUACCAAAUUACUGCUUGGGCCAGUGCAUCAGUGACUUCUACCAGAACUACGAGUUCAUUCAGUUCUGCACCUCCUCAGUUGAAGCCAUCUUCAUCUGCAAGGCCUUCAAUAUCAGUUAUCAGAUGAACUACUUUUCCUGGGAGACCCCGGGGAUCGGGCGGUACCUGACCUCCUUGGCUGUCCAGGGUUUCUCCUUUCUCUUCCUCCUCUUCCUCAUUGAGACAAACCUCCUCUGGAGAGUGAGAACUCUGCUCUGUGGUAUCUGCAGGCGGCGGAAAUGGGUGGCCCUACUGAACAGGGUGUCCGUGCUGCCAGAGGACAGGGAUGUGGCAGAUGAGAGGAAGAAGGUUCUGGAGUCGCCACCAGAGCUGCUGUCGUCUCUCAGCAGCCCUCUGGUCAUCAAGGAGCUCACCAAGGUCUAUGACAGCCGGGAGUCCCUGCUGGCAGUAGACAGGAUCUCCUUGGCUGUCAGCAAAGGGGAAUGCUUUGGUCUCCUUGGCUUCAACGGAGCGGGCAAAACCACCACCUUCAAGAUGCUGACGGGUGACGAGAGCAUCACAUCGGGGGACGCCUUUGUGGAUGGCCACAGCAUUCUGGCCAACAUCAAGAAGGUGCAGCAGCGCAUCGGGUACUGCCCGCAGUUCGACGCCCUGCUGGAGCACAUGACGGGGCGCGAGACGCUGAGCAUGUACGCGCGGCUGCGCGGCAUCCCCGAGCGCUACGGCGGCAGCUGCGUGGAGAACAUGCUGCGCGGGCUGCUCCUGGAGCCGCACGCCGACAGGCUGGUCAGGACCUACAGCGGUGGGAACAAGCGGAAGCUGAGUGCUGGCAUUGCCCUCAUUGGUGGCCCCCCCGUGAUCUUCCUGGAUGAGCCCUCCACUGGCAUGGACCCCGUGGCCCGGCGCUUGCUCUGGGAUGCGGUGACACGGACACGGGAGUGUGGCAAAUCCAUCAUCUUCACCUCCCACAGCAUGGAGGAGUGCGAGGCGCUGUGCACACGCUUGGCCAUCAUGGUGAACGGGCAGUUCAAGUGCCUGGGCAGCCCCCAGCACCUCAAAAGCAAGUUUGGUAGUGGAUACACCUUGCUGGCCAAAACCCGGGGUGAGGAGGAGGGCGAGCUGCAGGCCUUCAAGGCCUUCGUGGAGAAGACUUUCCCAGGCAGCGUCCUGAAGCACGAGCACCAGGGCAUGGUGCAUUACCACUUGACCAACAAGAACCUCAGCUGGGCACAGGUCUUUGGGGCCCUGGAGAAAGCCAAAGAGAAGUAUCGCUUGGAAGACUACUCGGUGAGCCAGAUCUCUCUGGAGCAGGUCUUCAUGAGCUUCACUCGCUUCCAGCACUACACAGAGGACAGAGGGAAAUGAGCCCCCGGUGCCCUUCCUCACGGACUGGCCCUCAGCCUAUACAUAGUAUAUAUAGAGACAGUAAUUUAUAUAUCGGCGUGUCUUAAAUACUGUAUAAAUGUAACACUUUUCACCGGGGAGGGGUGAGAGGAUGGCAGUGCUCCUGCUGCUGUCGCCGGCCCUGGGUGUGCGUGUGUGGCACUGCCACUCUCCUGCCUUCAUCCAUCCAUCCAGCAAAAAUAAUCCACCCAAAAAGCCGGGAGGAACCUUGGAUGGGGGGAGAGGGGUGUUGGCUUGGGCUGGCAGAGGAGGAGCGGGGUCCCCUCUGCUCCCCUCUUCCCUGCCCCGCUCACGCCCCGUGGGAUGCUGCCCCCGGUCCUCACCCGCAUGUCCGUGUGUUGUUUGGUGGUUGCUCGUGGUUUAGCAGGAGGCUGUCACAUAGCUCAGUUCCAAACCGUCCCUGGGGGCAGCAGGACGUGCUGGGAUUGCCCGUGGGAGCACUUUGUGUCCGGCCGGGGGGGGCGGCUCAGCUCCUGCCUGGCACCUGCAGGGCACGGGAAAGAAGAGGCUCUGUCUCCUUUAAGUGCUUGGGAAAACUGUCUGCUCCUGCCUGCUUGCCAGUCCUGGCCCGAGGAGCUGGCACCGGCCCCAGCCAUGCACGGG